AUGAUUGACCCCAAGGUGGUUCUAGUUACUGGCUGUGCCAAAGGUGGCAUAGGUUAUGAGUACUGCAAGGCAUUUGCCGAGCAAAAUUGCCAUGUUGUGGCGUCCGACAUCCCUCAACGCAUGAAUGAUGUGGUAGAACUUAGUUCCGAAAAAAUCGAGGCACUUGAGCUAGAUGUUACAUCAGAUGAAAGUGUAUCAUCAGCCGUGGAAAAAAUCAUAUCCAAGUAUGGUCACAUCGACAUUUUGAUAAAUAAUGCAGGGAUAGGAAGCACUGGUCCUCUAGCGGAACUUCCACUAAGCAUAGUAAGCAAGGCAUGGGAAAUUAACACACUGGGGCAACUGAGAUUAGUGCAACAAGUUGUGCCCCAUAUGGCCUCAAGGCGCAGUGGGAGCAUAGUAAAUGUAGGAAGUGUUGUGGGGAGAGUUCCAACGCCAUGGGCAGGUUCUUAUUGUGCUAGCAAGGCUGCAGUUCAUGCAAUAUCUAGUACUUUGCGUCUCGAAUUAAGACCUUUUGGUAUUAAUGUAGUGAUUGUGAUGCCUGGUGCUAUAAGAUCAAAUUUUGGUAGUAAUAGCAUCGAAAAAUUGGGGAACAAUGACUGGAAACUUUAUAAAGAUUUUAAGGAUUCGAUCGCGGAGAGAGCGAAAGCUUCCCAGGGCGGUAAAGCAACGGAUGCAACUGUGUUUGCAAGGCAUGUAGCAAAGAAAGUUUUGAGUCCUAGACCACCCAAACAGAUUGUAUUUGGUCACAUGACAGGUUUGUUUGCAGUUCUUUCAUGGUCUCCCAUUUGGGUUAGAGACUUGUUCUUUUCCAAUCUUUUCAACUUAAACAAGAAACUCUAAGGAUUUUUAGGUGUUUCUUAUUAGUUGAAUUGUUCUUCCAAUUUUCUUUGUGAGUUAAAACUUUUGAAAAGCUACAGGACUUGAGUUGUCUUGUGCCAUAAAUUUGAUGUAUGGAAGAGUUGUUAUUGGUUGGAGGGAGUUA